AUGAGGAGGGAUGUACGCAUUCUGCUUGUUGGCGAUGAGGGUGUGGGGAAGAGUACAAUCAUCACUUCUCUCAUCAAAGAGUCCUUCGUCGCCCACGUGCAACAUGUCGUUCCAGAGGUCACCAUUCCUCCCGAGGUAACCCCGGAGAACGUCACUACAUAUAUAGUUGAUUCAGGUGCGGGACUGCAAGAUAGGCAACAUUUAGAAUCCGAAAUACGCAAGGCCCAUGUAAUAUGCGUGGUUUACUCUAUCGACAACCCUAAUUCUUUCGACCGAAUACCAGCAUUUUGGUUACCCCACUUCCGACAAUUAGGCGUUAAUGUACCUGUUAUACUGGUCGGGAAUAAGAUCGACCUGCGAGGAGGCGAAGUGACCAAUGAAGCACUUGAAGAUGAAAUAAUACCCAUAAUGAACGAUUUCAAGGAAGUCGAGACUUGUGUCGAGUGUUCAGCCAAGCUUCCUCUAAAUGUUUCCGAGGUCUUUUAUUUCGCACAGAAGGCGGUUCUGCAUCCGACGGCCCCCUUGUAUGACUCGAAAGAUCAUGUACGUCAACUAUUCAAACUCUGCGACGCAAACAAAGAUGGCGUGCUUGAUGCUGCUGAACUGAACGAGUUUCAGAGAAAAUGCUUUGAUGCACCCCUGCAACUUCAAGAACUCGAGGGCAUAAGAGAAAUGGUCAGGGAGCAUGCCGCAGAGGGCGUCAGGGACAACGGCUUGACGGAGGCGGGUUUUCUUUACCUCCACACCAUCUUUAUACAGCGAGGUCGCCUAGAGACCACAUGGACCGUCCUCCGCAAGUUCGGCUACGGGGAAGAUCUCAAGUUGACCGAGUCUUUCCUUUUCCCGAAGCUUGAUGUGCCUCAUGACUGUUCCGUUGAGCUGAGUCCCAAGGGAUAUCAAUUCUUCACUGACAUCUUUGAGACGUUCGAUAAGGACCAAGAUGGUGCCUUAAAUAUGGCGGAACUGGAAGAGCUGUUUAGUACGUCACCAGGUAACCCUUGGGUCAACCAAAAAUUUCCGGACACGACGCUGGCCGACGACUCGGGAGCAGUCACUCUUCAAGGGUGGCUGGCCCAAUGGAGUAUGACAACACUGCUAGAUCACAAAGUAACUCUUGCAUACCUGGCAUAUCUCGGGUAUCUAGAUGAACCACGUACCAGCGCACUCCACACCACGCGCCCCCGAAAGCUCGAUCGACGCAAAGGGAAAGUGACAAGAAAUGUUUUUCUAUGUUAUGUGUGCGGCGCUGCUGGUUCUGGGAAGUCGUCACUACUGCGAUCUUUCGCUGGGAAGCCAUUCCGGGAAGCAUACGAGCCAACGAGCAAAAUACUCAGCGUCGUUAAUGCCGUGGACAUUGAUGGGUCAGAGAAGUAUCUUGUGCUGCAGGAGUUUGGUUCUAAAUACGAGACGGAAGUCCUCCGUGCAAGCAAAAAGCUGGACCUUGCUGACCUCAUAAUUUACGUCUACGAUUCGAGCGACACGAAUUCAUUUUCAUACAUCAGCAAUCUACGGCAACAUUGCAAUCUAGACCGUAUACCGACCCUCUUUGUUGCAACGAAAUCUGAUCUGGAUCUUGCGCAACAGAGACAUGAGGUGCAACCUGAUGUAUACUGCAGACGGUUGGGCUUGCAGGUUCCCGUAGCUGUGAGCGUGAAAACGGGGCAAACCGCAGACGUCUUCCACGAAAUGUGUCGGAUCGCGAUGAACCCCCACGCGGCGACACCAGGAGGUGCAGAACAUGCAUUGACAUGUGCGGCAGAACGGCUACGCAUGUACGUGACCGUGACCGCAUUGCUGGGUGGCUGCAGCGCGGGGUUGGUGAUGCUUUACAGGAGCCUUUUGCGCCCGGGUACACCUCUGCUUCCUGGCUGGACCACACAUUGGGCUGCAUGGUUGCUUGGUAGAAGGGACUUGUAA